AUUAAACAGUUUAUUUUUGCAAGUUCAUUAAACAGUUUAUAUAUGUAUAUAUAUAUAUGGCAAAUUUUUUCUGGGUUUCGUCUAAUACCAAACAGAAUUAUCACUGGAAAAAGUGGUCACAUCUUUGUGUACCUACAGAAGAAGGAGGCCUUGGUAUUAGAUCACUUUCUGACUUAGAAAAGUCUUUUACCUUGAAGCUUUGGUGGAAGUGGAAAAUAGGAAAUUCCCUUUGGAAUUCUUUUAUUAAAGCCAGAUAUAAAAGAGAUGCAGACAGUGUUCCAAAGUUACUGGAUUCAGCAAUUUGGAGGAGAAUUUGUUCUAUUAAUUCUCAGGCUCUUUCCAUUUGUUCUACAAAUCCAGAAGGAGUAUGUCUCUGGGAUUUAGAAGACAAUGGUCUGUUUAGUUUUAAAUCAGCCUAUAAUUUCAUUAGGGGUGAAGCUGGAAGCUCAUUUCUCUUUAAACAUUGUUGGCAUCCUAAACAACAAUCAAAAGUGAAGCUAUUCCUCUGGAAACUCCUCACUGGAGGAGUGAAGACUCUGUGGAACAUCUCUUUUAUAAAUGUAUUAUAUGUUGGAACAUUUGGAAAGCAUAUACAAAUCUACGGUGGGGAGAUGCAGUCAAGCCACCUAGUUCCUCUCAGUCGAUUCAGACUAUCAAAAUAUACACUGAACAUUGGGCUCUAUCUCUGACUGAUCUCAAAUUACUGUCUGUUGGUGAUAUUUUGUUUGAAGAAAAUCUAAUUCCCAGUAAUUUCAAACUUACGGGAACUAGGUUUCGGUUGAUAAAAUGGAAUAAGCCAAAGGUGGGCUUCAAACUUAAUACAGAUGCAUCCUUUGUACCUGGUCGAUCGUUUGGAGGUGCCAUCAUGCGUAAUCCACAGGGUGAGAUGUGCUUUGCUCUUCGUUAUCCGCUAUCGGCUUCAACUGCGUUGGAGGCAGAGAUUAAAUCGAUCCUUGAGGCAAUCAAGUGGGCGGUUAAUGCGGGUUACUCAGCAUUUCAGGUGGAAUCCGAUUCCAGCCUUGCGGUUUCCUACCUGAAAGAUUUGGAGAUGCGGAAAUGGAGUAGAGAUAUUCAGGAAAGCGGACUUCGUUCAGACAAUAAAAUUUCUUUGAUACAUACAAUGCGUGAGGGGAACUGGGUUGCCCAUUUGCUGGCAGCUGAUGGGCCGGCCCAUUUGCAAGAAUUUAAUCGGAGGUGGCAGCAACAAGUAGGGAAAAAUUUGCUCAAGAAAUGCGGUCUUGUCAGAAGAAGGAAGAAGAAAUUGCCUCCCAUGAGAAGAAAGAAGAGGAGGUGAUGGAAAUUAAGAAGCAGAAGGCAAUGAAAUUGCUGAAAAGGGAGAAAGUUGAAAAUCAUAUGAUGAAAAUGAAAGAAGAGCAUAAGAAGAAGGAAUAAAAAAAGAUAUAUCCAAACAAGCCAAAGAAGGAAUUGGAAGAAUCCCUUUAUGCCCACAAAGCCUCUAAGUCUUUGACUUCAAGAAAAAAACAUGGAAGAUGUUGUUUCAGAACUGAAGCGAUUGUUUACUAUGAAGCAUGAACAAUGACCUCUCUAAAUUGCUUGAGUUUGCCGAUCCAACGAUGAAGAGAGCAGUUGCAGGUAUCUUGAUUGUCCUCAAGAAUGAUGAAAAUAAGAGUCAGAUCGGUUCCGGUUAGCCGACCCCAAAUUCUUUUGGGAUUAAGGCUUGAUUGUUGUUGUUUGAAGUAGAAGUAGUCAAUACAUGCAAUGUAUUUUGGAGUUUCUUUUCAGUACCACCACUUAUCUUCUAUAUCUUUGAAAUCCAUGCUUGGUUAAGCACCAUUCCGACUAGCAUAUGUGGGAUGUGGUUGUGCUUCUCUUGCUGAGGUAUGACUUCCUAUGACACAAUUAAUUUAUCUUAUUGUGUUAUUUAGUUUUGAAAAAAAAAAAAAAUCCAUUUUUUGUAUUUUAUUUUAAUGAUAUCAUAUUUUUUUUAAAAAGUUUAUGAGAGUAUGUAAAUUAAACUACAAGUAGAUCGAGACUAUGAAUCACAGUCUGAAAUAAAAUUUAUAAUUAAUUUCCUAAUAGCAGUAAGAAGGAUGAAAUGCAAGGCAAAUCCCCUGCUCCGAUAUAAUCAUAUUGAAAGGAGUGUGAAUAUGCUGCUAAAGGAAAUAGAAACAAAUGAAAUCAUGGAUAUAUUACUCUUUACGACAAUACACGCAUGGGCGGGUGACAGUCUAGAUCUUAUAAAAAAGUACUUAAGUUAAGAUAAAACACAAAACCGGUAACUUGAAUAAGUUCUUUUUGUGAAGAAAUGAAUGGGUUUAUUGACAAUAUAUUUCAAAAUAUUCUAAUUUUUUUUUAAAUAAAGCAAUGUUUUCCAAAAUUACGAUCUUAGCAGCAACAUUGAAAUAUAUUCUAUAAUUUGUUUUUUGCUUUCAGAUCGUAUGCAAUUUUCAAUCGCUGGAUCGCACCAGCACCUUCUGGGAAUAUACUUAUUGAUUUAUAUAAAUAUGCACUUUUCCUUUCUUCAUUUUCAUGCCUUGUGCGAACAAGCAUCUAAUAAAUUGCAUACUCUGUGGACAAGUUGGUAUUGCUGGCUCAGCAACAUACAUUUCUUUUCUCUCUCACUCUCUAUAUACAUAACACACAUAUAUAUGCUAAGGUAUAAAGAAAAUAAAAAGGGCAUUUAAUUUAGACAAUCUGAUAUCAACUUAUUCAAAAUUUGAUUGCUCUCAUUAAUUUAAGAGUUUUAGAUUCUCUUUCAGCAUAGGGGACUAUGUAACAAUGGGGGAAGAGUUGUAGUUUGUGAUAAUGUACGCUUUGCUGCAAAGGUAAUUAUUCUCAAAACGGAUAUGAUGAGCUUCUGAUCCAAGAAAUUCAGAGACAAGCUGCUGCGGUUUAAAAAGGUGGUAACUGAGGGAGUAGUACAUUUCACUAAGGCCGAAAGUUGAUAUGAUAAGCUUCUCUUUGAUCCAAAAAAUUAGAUUCUACAGUUAAACUGUUUGAUGAAAUUCGUUCUGAGGGCAGUCAAAUUGUUACAUUAUCUGUUUUAGGUUGUCCUACAAAUUCCCCGUAGCAUAUAUAACCAAAGUUGUUUCCAUUUUAGUUCUAUAUACGUAGUAUAUACAACUAAAGUUAUGUUUUUAGUGUAGGAUCCGUAUAUGACUGCACUUUGAGGGAGAGAUUUUCCAACCUAGGUUGUGUAAAGGUAAGAAGUUUGAGUCAUGUGGUUUACUGGCGUUUCCAUUUAAUGAAAUGAAGUCUUUCCAUUCUUAUCUUCCAUGAUAGAAGAAGAUAAUUGAUUGUCUUUUUUAGGCUUCAUUAAGAAAUUUACUUUGUAUCUGUUUGGUAAAUGAGCACAUAACCUAGCUAAUAAUUAAUAAGUCCG